AUGUUCUCUCGUACCUCCGCCGUCGCGAAGUCUGUCUCCAGGAAUGCGCUCGCUACCCAGAGACGUUUUGCCUCGACUAAGACGAUCCGGGAAGCUCUCGAGGAGGUCAUACCUGCAAAGCAGGCUCAGCUUAAGCAGUUAAAAGCCCACCAUGGCCAGGCCGUCCUCGGAGAUAUCAAGGUUGAAAAUGUCAUCGGAGGAAUGAGAGGCCUCAAGACCAUACUGUGGGAAGCGUCUGUGCUCGACCCGCUAGAGGGUAUCCAUUUCCACGGCUUGAGCAUCCCGGAAUGUCAAAAAUCACUCCCGGCAGCUCCUGGUGGUAAAGAGAUUAUUGCAGAGAGCAUGCUUUGGCUUCUACUCACUGGCAAGGUGCCUACCGAAGCCGAAACGCGUCAGUUGUCGCGUGAGCUUGCCCAGAAGGGAGAGCUCCCGGAGUAUAUUAAGAUUCUCAUUGAUUCGCUUCCCCCUACGUUGCACCCUAUGACGCAAUUGGGAAUGGGGGUCGCAGCCUUGAAUCAUGACAGCUCAUUUGCUGCAGCGUAUGAGCGAGGCAUCAAGAAAAGCGAGUAUUGGACGCACACGCUCGACGACAGCCUUAACCUGUUGGCGCGUCUGCCCGCUCUCGCCGCGCGCAUCUACCGGAAUGCCUACAAUCCGGGGAAGCCUAUCCCUGAAAUCAAUGCCGAUUUGGAUCUUGUUGGUAAUUACGUGAAUAUGCUCGGAUACGGCGACAACCACGACCUAACUGAGUACUUGCGUCUCUACAUUGCCAUCCACGGUGAUCAUGAGGGUGGAAACGCAUCUGCUCACACUUCUCACCUAGUGGGCUCUACUCUGUCUGACCCGUAUUUGUCUUAUGCCGCUGCUUUGUAUGCUCUCGCAGGGCCUCUCCAUGGUCUGGCCAACCAGGAAGUAUUGCGAUGGCAACAUAACAUGCAGAAGGAGAUCGGUAGCAACAUCACGCCCGAAAAUAUCAAGGACUAUCUCUGGAAGACUUUGAAGAGCGGUCAAGUGGUGCCUGGCUACGGUCACGGUGUGCUAAGAAACCCUGACCCCCGAUACAUGGCGCUCCAGCAAUUCUGCGACACCCGUCCCGACCUGCUUGCAGAUCCCGUCAUUCAGCUCGUCAAGCUGACAUAUGAAGUCGCGCCCGCCGUGCUCAAGGAACACGGAAAGACGAAGAACCCUUAUCCCAAUGUCGACGCUGCCUCUGGUUGCGUGCUGUAUCAUUAUGGUCUGACGCAAUUCAAGUACUAUACCGUGAUCUUUGGUGUCUCCAGAGCGCUUGGCUGCUUGACCCAGCUUGUCUGGUCUCGAGCUCUCGGUCUGCCGCUCGAGCGGCCGAAGUCCGUUUCGAUGGACACCAUCGAGAGCCUGAUAAAGAACCCUUGA